UCGUAAAUUAUCCGCUACAUUGAUUAAACCGCUGUGUCAUCAUUCACUAUCUAAUCUCAGCCUUCUGCUUCCCUUCAACUGAUCUAAUCGCUCUAGCAAAAGCCGGCGAUCAAUUACGCUUCUCAAUCUAUAGCAUCUUCUCUCGUCUAUCUUGAUGGCAUCAAGGGCAAGGCUAUUUAAGGAGUACAAAGAGGUACAGCGAGAGAAAACUGCAGAUCCUGAUAUUCAACUAGUCUGCGAUGAUUCCAACAUUUUUAAGUGGAAUGCACUUAUUAAGGGACCAACAGAAACACCGUAUGAGGGUGGAGUCUUCCAGCUUGCCUUCUCUGUUCCAGAACAGUAUCCUCUGCAACCUCCACAAGUGCGAUUUUUGACAAAAAUAUUUCAUCCAAAUGUGCAUUUUAAGACAGGAGAGAUAUGCCUUGAUAUCUUGAAGAAUGCUUGGAGUCCAGCUUGGACGCUUCAGUCUGUUUGCAGGGCUAUAAUCGCUUUGAUGGCCCAUCCCGAACCUGAUAGCCCUUUAAAUUGUGAUUCCGGCAAUCUUCUUCGAUCUGGUGAUAUCAGAGGUUUUCAGUCCAUGGCUAGAAUGUAUACUAGACUCGCAGCCUCUCCUAAGAAAGGAUGAAUAAGCUGGUGUAAGGCCGUGUUCAUCCUUUCUGAAUGUAUACGAAUCUAAUCAGAUUUGGUCAGUGAUAUUUGCCAAAGUAAUUUUCUGAGUAAGACAAAUUAUUGUUCUAUUUUGGAUGCUGUAGCGCGUAACUCAAACUGCAUAAAUUAUUUCAGCGUCCUUGUUGGGCAAUACAUCUCCUUCAGUUCCUUCUUUUCA